GUUUGCCUUUAAUCGGUGAGUACCAGUGUGUGAGGGGGCGUGGCCAGGGCUGUGGGUCCAUGUGCUGAGGCUCAGUGUGAGUGGCUACUGCAGGGAUUCCCUUUUGCUCCCUGGAGAUCUUGCAGCUGAGCAGACUUACUUUAUUCCCUGGAUCUGUGUAGUAACAGAGCUCUGUGCCAAUGCAGCUUGCUGGCAGCCGAGGGGUUAAGGGUUUCAACAUUGAGCCUUAAUAUUUUAUCAGCAGCCACAAGGUCAGUGUAAAAGUUCCAGCCCUGGAAGCAGGAGGCCCAACAGCAGCAGCAGCAGCAGCUCCUUCCCCCAGUGAAUGAUUUCAGCUCUGCAGAGAGAUAAUAAAGACGUUUAUAGUCGGAGUCGGGUGAAAUCGAAUCCGUCGGUGAAUAAAGGAGUAACUGCAGAGGGAGAACUUUAAUUCAAGAAAAAACCACAGGAAACCCAAAUUGGCCCAGAGGAGACUCCGGAGAACUAGAGCGUUUCCUUAUGUUUAACUUGCCCUUGAAAAUAGGUCACCACUUUACUACUGCGGCAACUUUUUUGUUUUUCUAAUUUCUUGUACUGGAGAAUUUUGUGUUACUGUGAACUUUAACAAAAACAGAUAUUUUGCACAUUUUUGUUGUUUUUACACCUUUUUUUGAUGUGAAAGUUUCAGGCUGCGUGCACACCGAGUUCUUAUUUCCAUAUUCGCUGCGCAGCUGGCAGUUUGUGCCCAUAAUGCGUCAUCGAUGGAUCCAACAGAAAUAACUUCACUAUUCUGAAAUUCACUAUUUGCCUUUUCUCCCUUCUUUUGUAAUUUGCAAUGAUGGAUGUUGCAUUAUUUUCCAUUACAAACAACACUUUCCAAAUCUGGGGAUUUUUACAACAUUUUGGGUAGAGGAUCUCAUGAUGCGGAUGCUAAACAGCGAUACUGCCCCAAAGGAGCUUACCAUCUAGCUUACCAUUAAGACUAGACACUUAAUUACCCAUCGACCCAAUGAGAGGCACCAGACCAAAUUCCUUUGCUGUGGCCAUGGAAACCCUCAAGCAGUUGCCGUCUCUAAAGCCACCAGAAUCCUGGUCCUGCUCGUCCACCCCAAGUGCCAGGCGGCGACGCCUCAAGUUGAAGAAGGGUCAGAGGACCCCUGAGUCUGGAGGAAUAAGCGACGCAGAGGGGUCAGCUGUAGGAGGGAGGAACCUGAAGCCGCCGGCUAUAGAAGUGACCCCAUCCAGUGAGGAUGAGGCUUGGUCCAACUGCUCCACACCAAGUGCUUCACCGAAGAGGCGCCGGGGCCUGCUUAGGAAGUGGCUAAAGAGGCGAGAGUCAAAAAGCUGCACUGGCAGUAUCACUCCCCGCAGCACUCCCAGUAACUCCCCUGCUGUGCGGAGGCGUCUGGUGAGCAGCGAAGUUGACAGUAUGGUGGAAAGGGGAUCAGAAGGCUCCGCAGAGCAGACCCCCAACACUUUUACUCCCACUUUACUUCAGUCUUCUACUGUGCCAGGGAACCAGUGCAAUGCCCAGCAACCCACACAAACCAACUCCCAGCCUGGAACCCCACUCACAUCUCAACUCAGUGGGCGAGGAUUCAUACGGAACAGCAAGAAGAUGCAGAGCUGGUACAGUAUGUUGAGCCCCACUUACAAGCAGCGGAAUGAAGAUUUUCGUAAGAUUUUUAAAAAACUUCCAGAUUCUGAGCGUCUCAUUGUUGACUACUCCUGUGCUCUGCAGAAGGAUAUCUUACUUCAGGGAAGACUCUAUUUAUCGGAGAACUGGAUCUGUUUUUAUAGCAACAUUUUCCGCUGGGAAACUACGAUCAUGAUUCAGCUGAAGGACAUACAAUGUAUCAAGAAGGAGAAGACGGCCAAGCUGAUCCCCAACGCCAUCCAAGUUUGCACUGAAACCGAGAAGCACUUUUUCACCUCCUUUGGCGCCCGAGAUCGCUCAUUUCUGCUGAUUUUCCGCCUCUGGCAAAAUGCUCUUUUAGAUAAGACUCUGUCCCCGCGGGAGUUGUGGCACAUUGUACACCAAUGUUACGGGACUGAGCUGGGACUGACCAGUGAGGAUGAAGAUUAUGUGUCGCCUCGUGACCUGCUGAACGGCUUGGGGGGGAGCGAAGAUUUCCCUGAAAGUACAGACCUGAGUGACGCCUCCUCCCGCGGUGACACCAAACUCAGCCCCCAGCUGCCCGCAACCGACUCCUUCACCUCCCUCGCCAGCACCGACAGCAUGAUAACCCCAGCAGAAGAUGCGGCCGCCCAAUCAGAUGCCCAGUCGGACUCUCAGUUGGAAGGCUCCUCGAGUCAGACGGUGACUCCUCUCUCAGAGAUGGCUGGCUCGGGGCUCCUGGACUCCCUUCCAGCCCUGGAUUUAUUGCCCAGUGAAGACCUGCCCACUGAUCCCAGCAACAACUCCACCCCCAGCUCUACACAGGACGAGGAAGCCAGUACUGUGCCUAAAGACACCCCCUCAUCGGACCUCACGGGGAGGCUACAUAUCAAUGCCGUGUAUCACAUCAGCGCUGAGCACCUGCAGCACUCACUGACUACUGACAUCCACUUUAUGAACGAUUUCAUGGAGCAGCGGAAAUUCACAGACAUCACAGUGAAUCCCUGGAUGAGGGACAGCGGCGGGAAACAGUCUCGGAUAAUUCAUUACACAAUCCCCAUCAAUAACCCCCUGGGGCCCAAAUCUGCCCCCGCUAUAGAAACCCAGACGCUGCACAGUGUGAAGGGAUCAGUGUGUGUCCUCGACACCCAGGUUAUAACUCAGGGGAUCCCGUAUCAGGAUUAUUUCUACACUUCUCACCGGUAUUGCAUCAGCAGCGCGGGGAAGAACAAGGCUCGACUCAGGGUUUCCUCUGAGAUUUGCUACAGAAAGCAACCGUGGAGCCUGGUCAGAGCCAUCAUAGAGAAGAACUCCUGGAAUGGCAUGGAGGAGCACUUCAGUCUGCUGGCCGAGGCUGUAGUAAAGCUGGAGCAGUCGUGCAUGGAGGAGAUGGGGGGCAGGGAGAAGCCUGUCCUGCGACGGAGGAAACGCACUUUAAGCUGGAAGUCGCAUCACAACGACACCAUUAAAACCGCUGCCCCCCAACUGGAAAGUGAAAGGGUGUCUCGUAACUCCAGGGUUUCAGGCAGUAUCUCCUCUCAUCUCUCCCAGCUCUCCGGCCGAGACUCAUCCAGCAACAUCCCCAACGCUCUGUUUGUUAUCAGUAUUGUGCUGCUGGUCCUGGUGGUCCUGAACAUGAUGCUCUUCUACCGCCUCUGGUCUCUGGAGCACACGGCUCAGACAUUUCAGACGUGGCAAAACUACGCCGUGUCCCAAGGGAGGUUCCCCCAGAGUUCCGCCGACUGGGCCGAGAUCCUCGAGCUUCAGAAACGUUUCCACAACGCAGAGGUGCAGAAAUGGAAGCAGACGCUCCGAGCCUCCGUGCAGCUGCUGGAUGAGAUGAGGAUGUCUCUGCAGAGACUACAGCAGGGAGUCCUGAUGGCCGAUUCUGCUGCAGAACCUCACGAGGAAGACGCCCUGUCGUGACAGAGAACUUUGCGUAAACGAGAGGAUUCAGACCCUGGAGGAGACACCGGCAGAUAUUAGCUUGAUAAAUCCAAUGCCCUCUCAGAAGAGAGUAUCUCGUACGGAUCAGCAGACUGACUAACAAACUGCAGGGAUUAGAGUGCUGGCAACUGUCACCCUGCAGAGAUUAAAGUGCUGGCAACUGUCA